AAGUCAAUCAAUUCGUGUGUUCCUCCUUGUACCAACUCCCUCCCAAUCACUAUCAUUUUUGACUCGAGGAAAACAUUCUCCAAACUGAUGGCCUCUCAAAGAUUACCCUAUCAGGUGCAAACCGCUGACACGUUUCCACCCACCACCAACAGAAAAACCUCACUGUGCCCAAAUCCUUAGCCGCAGAUACUCCACUGACAGGCAUUACACCAUCGCCCCUGCUACGAAGAUCUGCCGCUGCGUUAGAUUCAGGUUUCAUAUUUAUAGCUACCCUCUGGAUAACACCAACGUUUUUAUCAGAACGCGAGGUAUUCCACGUAAAAAAAAAUAUAUAUAUAUAGAUAUAUUUUCAUAUUCGAUUUUACGCACUUGUCCCCUUUUGCCAUUUUCCCACUGUGGAGUCGGAAGAUUUAAAAUGAUCCUUGCAAUGUGUAGAUAUCCCCCGCAGGUACGGACGGAACUGAAGUACCUCUGAUCUUUGGAGGAGCACCUUUGGGAGGAAAGAGGGUGCGCGCAAUGGAUUUUUAAACAAGGGGAAAUCUACUAAGCAAUGGUUGCAAGUUGAAUAUUUCCGCGCCUGGCAAUACACCGCUGUCUAAACGGACCGUGAGAGCGGAGCUAGGAGAUUUGGAGGCGGACAAGAAACAAUACGUUACCUUUUCCCCCUGGAUCAUUUUCUUACAACAAGGAAGCACCUAAUGUUGCAUGCAGUGACAUUUUUGCACUCCAGUUAUUUAUCAUCACACUGGGAUUCAAAGGCACCUCCGGGAUUGUGUGCGUAAGGACGCUGGCGGGUCUAUCCUCAACUUCUCUCGGGGCUUUAAAACUGUGGAAACAGGUGUAUUUCAGCAAGUCAAGAUGUCUGUUGUGCCUUCGAGGUUCAUAUACCUGUGUUUACAUUUUCUGGUCCUCUAUUUCCAGCUCCAGGAAUCUCAACAGAGCUCAGCCGAUUUCAGGAUCUAUAUUGAGAACCACACGCGGAACCCGGACGACCUGAGCCGGAAGCAGAUCCGUAUCUACCAGCUGUACAGCCACACCACGGGCAAGCACGUCCAGAUCCUGGGCAAGAAGGUCAACGCCAACGGAGACGAUGGGGGCAAGUACGCUCUUCUUGUUGUCGAGACGGAAACCUUUGGGAGCCAUAUUCGAAUAAAAGGGAAGGAGAGUGAGUAUUACAUCUGUAUGAACAAGAAUGGCAAAAUAGUUGGAAAGCUCAAUGGAAGGAAUCAGGAGUGCGUCUUCGUGGAAGAAUUCUUGGAGAACAAUUACACAGCUCUCGUGUCGGCCAAGUACAAAGGGUGGUACCUAGGCUUCAACAGGAAGGGCAGGCCCAAAAAAGGAUCGCGGACCACACAAACACAACAGGAAGUGCAUUUCAUGAAACGCCACCCGAAGGGCAAGGUGGACCCACUGGAAGAGUUCCGUUUCACUACAGUAACUAAGCGGACACGAAGGGCGCGUCGCUUAAAACAGAACCCCGAAACUAACUGAUGGUCCCAUGGGACAUCAGACACACUGUUUUCCCAAGGAAAUCACGAGAUUCUUGCCUUAAAAACACCUUGAAGACUUUUGUAAAAAAAAAAAAAAAAGAA